AUGUCGAAGCAGCUUCCGGCCGGUCUCAAAGAGUCUCUGGAGAACUCCAAAGCUGAGUAUCGCCAGCUUGGAAAGUCGGGCCUCCGUGUCUCUGUGCCUAUCUUCGGAUGUAUGAGCUUCGGCGACAAGAGGACUCUUCCGUGGGUCAUCGGCGAGGACGAGGCUCUCCCUCUGCUCAAGGCGGCCUACGACCGCGGCCUCAACACGUGGGACACGGCCAACGUCUACAGCAACGGCGCCUCGGAGGUCAUUGUAGGCAAGGCUAUCAAGAAGUACAACAUUCCCCGCCACAAGGUCGUCAUCCUGACCAAGGCCCACUGGGCCGUUGGAGAGGAGCCCGGUAGGUCACCAGUCUGCUGUGAAGUGCGAGUGACCCUGUCUGACCAAGCACCAGAGGCCCGUCACUUUGUCAACCGCGCCGAGUUUGAGGCCUCGAAAGACUACCAGAACAAUUUCGGCCUCUCGCGCACCGCCCUCUUCAACCAAGUCGAGGCGUCCCUGCAACGCCUCGACACGGCCUACAUCGAUCUCCUCCAGAUCCACCGCUUCGAUGCGCGCACGCCGCUCGAGGAGACGAUGAAGGCGCUCCACGACCUCGUGCAGUCGGGCAAGGUGCGCUACAUCGGCGCCAGCAGCAUGUGGGCGACGCAGUUUGCGCGGCUGCAGUUCGUCGCCGAGAAGAACGGCUGGACGCCCUUUGUCAGCAUGCAGAACCAGUACAACCUGCUGUACCGCGAGGAGGAGCGCGAGAUGAACCGGUUCUGCAACGACACGGGCGUCGGGCUCAUCCCGUGGGCGCCGCUGUGCCGCGGCCACCUGGCGCGCAGGCCCGAGGACUUUGGCAGCACGGACCGGAGCCGGGCCGAGAAGGCGGGCCAGACGGGCGGCAGCGGCACGUCGGAGCGGGACCGCGAGAUCGUCGGCCGCGUCGUCGAGCUGGCGGAUAAGCACGGCUGGGCCAUUGCGCAUGUCGCGCUCGCGUGGAUCAACCGCCGCGUGGCGAGCCCCAUCAUCGGCUUCAGCAGCGUCGAGAGGCUGGACCAGGCGCUGUCGGUGCGGGGCAAGAGUCUGUCCGAGGAGGAGGAGAAGUACCUCGAGGAGCUGUACCAGCCCAAGGCCAUCUCUGGGCAUGCAUGA